AUGUCUUCAUCUGUCAUAUUUGACGGCCAAAACCAAGGCCCAAUCAUUCUAGCAGUCUGCUGGGUUUUGGUUCUCGUGCCUGGAUUGGUAUUGGCUUUGCGUAUAUGGUGCAAAACCGCACUGAGUCGAGGGCUUGGAUGGGACGAUUUAGUCGUCGGUCUUGCAUGGGUACUACAACUUGUCUAUACAGUACUCAUAACAAAAGCCGUCCAGCUAGGAGUAAUCGGAAAACAUGUUGAAGCCAUCGAAGAUCCAUCUAUCAUUCCUCCCGCACUGAAACUCGUCUACAUAUCGUUCGUCAUCGUGAUCAUCGGCUGUGUUCUCAGCAAAACUUCCUUCGCCAUAACUCUUUUGAGAAUCGUGACUCAGGUAUGGAUGAAGGUUUUUUUAUGGUUCAUCAUAAUCACCAUGAAUUCAAUCAUGUGGCUUUGUGCGGUCUGUUAUCUAGCUCAGUGCAAACCAGCAGCUGCUCUCUGGAAUACGAAGCUCAUGGCUACAGCUCAAUGCUGGCCAACUUCUAUCUUUGAAAACAUCGCCCUUACUGCUGGAGCCUAUUCAGGAUGUAUGGACUUCAUCCUUGCUCUCCUUCCAUGGGCUGUUAUCUGGAACCUCCAAAUGAAGAAACGAGAAAAGUUCGGCAUUGCCGUCGCAAUGAGUCUCGGUGUCUUUGCUGCUGCCACUGCAUUUGUCAAGACCUCAAAGCUUGUCAAUAUUUCUCAAGUCCAAGAUUUCACCUAUUACUGCUCGAGCAUCAUUAUCUGGGCAUCCGCAGAAACAGGCUUAACAAUAUUUGCUGCAUCUAUCCCAGCCCUCCGAAUCCUCCUCGUCCGCAUGCGAUCUACCUUCGACCGAACAGACGAUCCUGUCUCGGGAAUCUACAGCAUCACUGCCAAAAAUCGCGGAAAGAAUCGAGAUACCCCCAGUACCGACCGAUAUCACUAUUUUGCUGGUGAGCCCAUUACUCUUCUAGACCGGGGCGAUAAUAGUAGCGAGAAAAGCAUCCUAGCCAAAACUGGUGGCAUCAAGCAGACGCAGGAGAUUUCGGUGUCUUAUGAGAGAAACAUUUAUGAGGAGCAUAAUGAAAUGAGGAUGGGUGCUGUUAGUCCAGGUCGUACCUUGUGA